GGAGCACUUAUACACCAACGGAAACAAGUCGAUUGUAUUUUAAUACGGUGUUAUCAUAUCAACAAUGUACAAUAUAUUCUUUAGUUAUUCUCUGUUCUAAAUCCAUAUUCAUGCAUUCCGAUAUUUUUUCAAAUUUGAUAUUCAAAACCGAACAAAAAUCAGUAUUUAAUCGCACCUCAUCAUUCAAAAGCAGUUUACGUUUAUACCACGAUGUGAAACUGUGCAUCACCUGUCAAGUCUGCGGAAUUAAGUAGGCGCGGUGGUUUAGGCUAGGAGCAACAUAAACGACGGUGGAUAGUGAGAUAACAAUGAGAGUUGUUUCUUUCGUUCUCUUUCUGGCCUCAUGGUCUAUGUUGGAUGCAUAUGGCGGCCUUAUUCAACGAAAGUACAUCACGAAGCGAUCAAGUAAGAAGAUCGCUUCCACUGAACAGUUUGACGUCAACUCCAGGAAUAUCGUAAAAGACAUCCCAAAAGAAGCACCAGUAGCAGAAGCACCGAAUGUAAAUGGGGAGGAAGACCAGCCACCUCCGAAUUUAGCAGAAGCCAUUCAUUACCUCACCAGGCAAGCUAAACGAAUCCACAAGAAUCAACCAGCAAAAACAACUGCCGAUACCGGCUCUUUUCAGAAAAACAUUGCAGAGCCCGAGCGAUAUCAGAGCAAUGAUUUUGUAGACAAUGCAAUUCAAACAAAGCAAAGCCUUAGUCAAACUGUUCCUAUCCAACCUGUUUACCAGCAACCUGUACCAAAUAAUGUAGGUGUUGAUAUUCAGACAGCAAUACACCAGAAAGAAAAUGUUGCUAGUCAACCGGCAAUGCAGGGACAGCAGGCUCUACAUCAAAUGCUUCUUAAUCAAGGUCAGCCUGCCCUUCAAACUGUUCAUAAUAAUCAAUUUCUAACAAACCAGGGCUCAUAUGUUAACCGACCAAUUCAGAUGGCUGCACAGAGUAUACCGCAGGGAGUAGAUUCCAUGAUUCCCAUGCAGGCUUUGCCACAGUCGGUUUCACGCCAUGUGUUGUUCCCGCGUGUUAUGCCACAACAAACUCCACCACAGCAGUACGCUUCGGGACCAAGAUAUGUUGUCAUUCGAUCACCAGAAACGGGCGCCUUACAGCUCAAAGAAAUCGGUACAUUCCCACGAAACUCUGUCGCUGUUCGUCAGACUGUUCCUCCCCAGAGACCAUUUACAUAUCCAACAGUGUUUCAAGACUCAAUGUCGACAACAGUCGUGCCGUAUGUUCAUAAACAAAGACCUCCAAGACCGCCAGUCUACUUAACGCAAGCACCCACAACCACCACUACAGCUACAACAACAACUACAACGACAACACCUGCUCCAGUUACGACUAUUCCCACAACAAGCGCACCAGCACCGACACAACCUCCAGUUACACAGCGAAUAACGACACCAACUACAGAGUUACCAAUACCUGAAGCUGCUCCAGUUGAUACACACCCAGCAAGCGAACAUAAUGCCUGGGAGCCGUCAUCGGAAAAGCAACAAGCUUUCUUUGAUAAAGAAAUGAAAAAGCAAAACCUCGAGAUCACAAAGCUGCAGCUGGAAAUUCAGUUGUUACGACAACAAACACAAGCUGCUAGCAACGGUCAAAUGCCGGAGCUGGAAGAAAUGCCACCCAUGCUUCAGAGGUUACACAAAAAGAGAAUGGCGUCUGCCCAAUAUCCCUUCCCAUUCAUGGGCAGAAAAUGACAAGGCGGAUCUUUCAAAGAUAUGCUUAACAGUAUGACUUUCAGAGUGCAGGAUGAUUAAAUGUAGAGCCAAUAUCUUAAGAGAUACGUAUUCAACGGGUCCAAAAUCUGUACAAAAUCGAAGAAAUUGCUCUUUGGCAUACCCAUAUCUGCUACAACGUCUUCAUGUAUUUUAUAAAAAAGUAAGCAAUUUUUUAAUAAACAAACGUGUUUCGUUAGUGUAUUCUUUAACCGGAAGUAGAUUGAUGUAGUAGUUUAUACCCCAGAUAAAUGUCCUAUAUACGUGAGAUUAUACGACUGAGGUCAAUUACAGUUACUGUACACUUUAAGCACUUGAAAUGCUUAAUGCUAAAGGCCUCGCGGUUCGGCAAACGUUUAUCUUCGAAUAAAAAUCUUUCUUUUUUGGGGGAAGACCUGCUACGGGACUUAUUUCACGGCACAAACACAGGAAUUUAAAAAGUAGCGCAAAAACAGACGCGACACCUAAUUUAUAUGGCCUUAUGAGCUUUCGCGACAUAUCGUCGAUAGGUCAAUCCGGAAGUAAGGGUCGGUGAUAUAAAAAAGUAAGACCGUGUAUAUGUUUUUAAAAAUGAAAACAAUGUUUAAUUGUUGAUUUGUAUCGUGUAUUCCCUACCCUAACAUUACAGCAAAGCAGCAAGCCAAACGGCUUAAUCCAGCAUAUAUAUUCCUUAAAUUGAGUUAAAGACCUUUUAUAAAAUUAUAUAUCAAUAGGUAAAUUAACUUAUUCGUGACAUUUAAGUGAAUAUAGCAAAAAAAAGUUUACAGUGUUUACAUUAUUUUCCAUACCAUUUGCAGACGAUUGGAAUAAAAUCAUAUAAUUUUAAGCUCACCGAUAAGCCAAACAUAAAGAGACCAAUCAGAGUCGAACGAGUUCGAUGAUGUGCGUGUGUUUACAGUAGAUUUGUAUAUUGAAGCGAAACCACAAAAAUAAAACAAUCAAAUUAUAUUUGCAUAUGAAUAUGAAUAUUUCUAACAGCAAUACAUACAUUUACCACAAUCAGGAAGCAGAAGAUACGCGUUUGAAUGUUUAUCAAUGAGAAAAGGCGCCCGAUCCUCAACAAGAACGACCUUUAAUUAAUUGCAUGGAAUGUCACUAAAUUCUUUUAAGCGAUGUCUAACACGUACUCGUAACACUUUGCAGUCGUAAAAGUGUAACAAAACACCGCUACAUUGGAUUCUUCUAAACGACUUUGUUCAUAACUCGCUCGCUACCUCGUGGUGGUAUUCACAACCAUCAUUGCUCACGUCACCUAUACCUACCAAAGAAUGAUCACCGAUUGGGUCAGCACACGCGAAUCGGGAAACAUUUUUUAUUUGUUUGUUGCA